AUGGUGAAAGAUCAGACGUGUCAAUCUGUCUGUGAUUCGGCCGAUAUUACAAAAGCAUAUAUAGAUAGAAAGGUCAAUGCUCAACCUACCCCUCCUCUAACAAUCAAUGCUGAUGAAGUACCAUCUCUGACUUUUAUGAUCAAACAAUAUGGAAUGAAUUGGACGUUGGUUGAUAAUGUAUUAUCAAAUUACAAUGCUUUUUAUGUCUCUGUUGUCGAUGGAUCGAUUACUUCUCUAAUGUACCGUGGCCCAACCACCAUUCCAAAGAAUAUCAAUUCAUUAUAUUAUCCUAAAUUGGCUGAUUUCUAUUAUACACCAUCGACUCGAGUAUUUCGGUUUCCAGACUCGAUGUGCGGGUCGUACCUCUCUAGUGAUAAACCAGUCACCGAGAAGAUCACAUAUGAAGCCGAAUGUUUCCAAUGUUUUGGUGGCGCACAAUCUCCUUAUUUUUCAGGACUUUCAUUUUUUUUUGGAGAAUAUUAUUAUCCUUGUGAUAUCAGGGUAACAUCACUAUACUAUAAGCAAAACGAUACAGUCAUUAUCAAUGGUAAUAAUCUUCUAUGGUCUUGGUUGCAAUAUACUCCAUCACCCAAUGGUAUGUCCGAGUACAUACUCUUCAACCAUAUGAUGCAAUACAAACGAUCCAAUUUAAAUCCAAUAGAAGAUCGAGUGGUGCUGGGUAUUAGUAGAACAGGUAGAACUUCAGCUUCCAUUCCAGUAUUAUUCACUCGAAUCAAUCUUGGCAAAUUUAUAACUAUAAAUCAACAACCUUUUGGAGUCAACAUAUCAAUCAACCUAAACUAUAAUAUCAAUAUCCAACACUUUAUAUCUUUAAAUGGUGCAGCUUGUCGGAAAUAUAAUAAUAAUAAUGCAGUCUAUAUCAACGAUACAUUAUCAUGUUUCUUUCCACUUCAAAUAUCAUCACAAUCAACUCUAUUGAAUUAUAAUAUUGCCAACACUGAGAAUCAUGAAAUAUAUCAAUACAAUUUUACAAGACAAUAUCCUUUACUUUCACCCAAUAAUUAUACUAUAACGAUGAUGCCGAUGACGAAUGAAUCAACAACUCCACAACAAUAUAAAUUAGAAUUAAUUGGUCAAUUUGGAAUGAUUAAUCAAACAAGUACAACAAUGUCAUCGGUCCUGAUCAAUAAUACCGAUUGUAUUAUUUCAUCGAUCAAUUCAACUUAUUUGGAGUGUAAUAUUACAUUGAAUACAAAUGGUCGAGGAAGAGUCGAUGAUGAUGAUGAUGAUGAUGAUGGUGAAUACGUUGAGAUUUAUAUUUCAAUCGAUGGACACUCAUUCACAUCUUUUGAUUCUAUUUAUAUUGAAUAUCCUGCUAUAUAUCCCAAUACUUCAUCAUCCUCUUCAUCUUCCUCUUCCUCUUCAAACGAUAGCGAUAACCCAAAGAUUAGUAAUGAUUACCAAUCAAACAGCAAAUAUUAUAUUAUUGCAGGUGUUUUAGGAGGUGCAUUGGUAGCAGGUUCUGCUGUUUUAAUAAUCAUUCUACCAUCACUGACGUUUAUGAUCAAACAAUACAUGAUGAAUUGGACACUGGUUGAUAAUGUAUUAUCAAAUUACGAUAAAGGAGAUGUUGUCGUUGUCAAGGGAUCGUUUACAUCUCUAUCAUUUUUAUCGGUCAGAUCACAACAAUACACCAACUAUGAAUUACCAGAACGAGCAUACAGAAGUCCAACCAUUCCAAAGAAUAUCAAUUCAUUAUAUUAUCCUCGAUUGACUGCUAUAAGUUUAAAUAAUUACAUUGAAACUAUACCAGAUGGUUUGGGAGAGGGUCUAAUGUCGGUCUUUUAUUUGACUCCGUUAAGCCGAUUCGUGCCAUCUACUAAAACGAACUUUAGGUUGCCAGACUCUUUGUGUGGAGCCAGCAGGAUAUUUGAUUAUUCGCCAGACGACACGCCACCUGCCACAUAUAAAGCCGAUUGUUUCAAAUGCUUUGAUGGCGCACUAUCUCCUUAUAUGUUUGGAACUUCUAUGCUGGACCUAUCCUUUUAUCCUUGUGAAGAUCAAGUACUGUUGAGUACUAGUAGAGGUACAACAGCCUCUAUUCCAGUGUCAUUUACUCGAAUCAAUCUUGGCAAAUUUAUAACUAUAAAUCAACAACCUUUUGGAGUCGACGUAUUAAUCAACCUAAACUAUAAUAUCAAUAUCCCACACACUAUAUCUUUAAAUGGUGCAGCUUGUCGGAAAUACAAUAGUAUUUAUAUCAAUGAUACACUAUCAUGUUUCUUUCCACUGCAAAUAUCAUCACAAUCAACUCUAUUGAAAUAUAAUAUUGCCAAUAUCAGAAAUAAUGAAAUAUAUCAAUACAAUUUUGCAAGACAAUUAAUUGGUCAAUUUGGAAUGAUUAAUCAAACAAGUACAACAAUGUCAUCGGUCCUGAUCAAUAAUACCGAUUGUAUUAUUUCAUCGAUCAAUUCAACUUAUUUGGAGUGUAAUAUUACUUUGAAUACAAAUGGUCGAGGAAGAGUCGAUGAUGAUGAUGAUGAUGAUGAUGGUGAAUACGUUGAGAUUUAUAUUUCAAUCGAUGGACACUCAUUCACAUCUUUUGAUUCUAUUUAUAUUAAAUAUCCCAAUACCUCCUCAUCUUCUUCUUCUUCUUCAUCCUCUUCUUCCUCUUCAUCAAACGAUAGCGAUAACCCAAAGAUUAGUAAUAGCGAUUACCAAUCAAACAGCAAAUAUUAUAUUAUUGCAGGUGUUUUAGGAGGUGCAUUGGUAGCAGGUUCUGCUUAUUACCAACGACUCCAAAGUGGUUUAGAAAAUACAGAUAGAUGGUUAAAUGAUUGUUGUGUAGAUGUCAACGAUGUCGAGGAUGAUGACGAUAAUAUAUACGAAGAGGAUGAUGACAACGAUUGGUUAUGGUUGUUAUCUAAUUUAAGUGGUGUAUUAUUGUUAUACUGUUUACGUAAUAUUCCUUAA